GCGAAAGUAUGUCCAGGAUUGGUUGUUCCGAUUGUGUUUGUGGUGGAUUAGAUUCAACGAAUUCGCGUGUAGUAGGAGGCAAUUACAGCGAUAUCGGAUCUUAUCCUUGGAUGGCAUCACUUUUCUACAAGGGGGUGUUCACUUGCGGAGGGAGUUUGAUUAACGAUCGUUACGUUUUGACGGCUGCCCAUUGUGUGGUACGUUCGGAUCCAAAAGGUUUCGAAGUAUUCCUGCGCAGGCCCAGCAUCGUGAGUACUAAUCCAGAAAUGGUACAAAGACACGUUGCGACAAUUAAAUUGAACCGCUAUCAAGGACUAAGAUACAAUAACGACGUGGCCCUUCUCGGCUUACAGGAGCCGGUUUCAAUUGGUUCCGAAUUGAUGCCGAUAUGCCUGCCGAACGGAUCGAGUAGCUACCAGGGGGAAAAGGCUACAAUCAUUGGUUGGGGCAGAACUGCGAAUGGCAGUUUGUCGGAUACGCUGCAGCAGCUUACGGUUCCCGUUCUGUCGAAUCAGGAGUGCAAACGGACCGGUUAUUUUCGAUUUCAGAUUACCAACCGAAUGAUGUGCGCAGGGUACCUGGACGGAGGUCGGGACUCGUGUUAUGGCGACAGUGGUGGACCACUCCAGUUAAUCGAUUCUGCCACGGGAAGGUACGAGAUCAUUGGCGUUGUCUCCUGGGGAAAUGAGUGUGCCCAGCGCAAUUACCCCGGAGUUUACGCCCGAGUUACCAAAUUCGUUAGCUGGGCCAGAAGCAACAGCAAGGACGCCUGUUGGUGCCAGUGAGAGAUGGUAGAUUUUUUUGUUCUAUAUCACAGCGCAUAGCCCUGAGCGGGCGAACCGAAUUGUAACAAUCACAUCAAAGUGCUACCGUUUGGUUGUUGGCAUGCUUCAAAAAAACUUUUUUUUUGUGAUGUAUGAGAUAGAGAAGAAAAAUGUGACAGAUAUGAGAAUAUAUUUUAAACAGUCGUGUUGUCGAAAAAACAUAAGACGUGUAUUAUGAACCUGCCAGUGUCAGUCCAAAGCAGCAACUUGAAACGAUAUUUCAUCUAAUGGCGAUUUCGCUUGAACCUGAAACUGAGUCAGGUUCUAACCCCAACCGCUGUCAGUUCAUACAUUUUGACAGCAGUUGGGGUUAGGAACUGACUCAGUUUCGCCUCAAACGAAAACCACAUAAGAAAGAUAGAGCAUACUACCACGUACCCAGUACUUGCAACGCUGGUUCGACAAAGCUACUGCUACAAAGAAGCAACUGAGAUUAAUGGAUGAAAAUUUGUAUUAGAUCGGUUCAACAGUUGAGUUUGCCAAUUUAUCGUGUGCUUAGAGAUUGUUGGUCUUUAGGCAUGUCUGCUAAAACACUUUGAAACACAAAUAUAACGCCAUUUUGUUUUAGUAAAUACACGUUGCUUACGUUCUAGAUUAUGGAGCGCUAUAUAAAAGAAGGAUUGGGAUCGUAUUAUGCAACAAAUGAACCGGGUAAGCCUUUAAACACUGAGUAACAGCAAUAGCUACCAAUCGAAUAAUUAUUCAAUCAGAAGUACUUGAU